CAGUCGUAAUUAUAAAUUUGUUAAAAUAUGAAAUAUGGACAAGUGAUUCAUCAAUAUUGCUUCCGGCUAAUUGUUUCUCCCCCGUCAUCUCGUAGAUUUCCACUAAUAUCUAGUGGGCUAUGAAAUGAGAGAAGCUAGAUAUAUUAUGUAAUUUAGUUGUCUCUAAUUAAGCCAUUUUUUUUACCAUUUUCUCGCCCCCCAUCCCCCUCUCCAAUCGACUGUCAGGCUUAUCACUAUACCAUACGAUGUACUAAAGGAGUGAAAUGAAAGGCAACAAUAACUGUGAGAUCGGAAUGAAUUUGUGCUGAAAGCUAUUCUGUGACUUUUAAUGAAUACUCUUGUUUUUAGCCUCACCGGAACUCAUCUAGGUGUGUAACGCGCUUCAGGCUUGCAUUCGCUGUAAACUAAAUACGAGCGCAAGUCAUGUCGCUGAUAUCAAAAGUAUGUUCCUCUGCCUCUCCACAAUAUGAAACUCUUUCUCGCUUGACAUGUUUCCCAGCAUUAACAUUUGUUCGAUGGCGGAAACCAAGACACGUUCCUAAAGCCCGUAGUAAGAUAUACGUCGUUAGGCAGCCAACACCAAGGGAUGCAGAAGAAACGGAACUGAUGAAAAAUUGUAAUAGAAAUUACAACACCGAAAUGAGAGCCAUCAGAUCCCAUUUGAACCAGGUAAUAGAGGAGACAAAUAAAUUGAAGAAAGUAAAAAUGCUUACACAUGGAAAGCUGGAUAGGGAGCGUGAGUGGACACGGAUGACUACAGAGAAUGAACGAUGGAAUAUUAGAGUAGCACAAAAUCGGGAACUGAGACAAGCUAAAGAUGCUGCAGUAAGAUUGGAGGAGAUCAACAGGAUUAAGGCUGUCCAGGACAGGAGAGCCACUAGACGUCAUAAAGAAGCUUCAGAAAGGGUUGCAUAUGAAUUGGACCAGAUUGAUAAAUUUAUCACGGAAAGUAAUGUAGACGAGGUGAUUGAUGAUGUACUUGACACUUCUGAGAGCUACUUAUUUGCAGUUGACCUUUCAGGAAAUGUUAUAGGAGCCAAAGCAAACCCUGAAAAAUUGGAGUCAAAAGUAACAGAUGAGCCAAAAACGUGAUAUGUUUUGAUUAAAAUGAUAUAGUCCAAA